AUGUUUCACGUAUUUAAAAAACCAACAAAAGAAGAUGAGAAGGUAUUUCGUAGACUGACUGAAGAUGUACAAAAGCAAUAUAACAGUUUGGGUCCGAUGAGUUUUGCCGAAAAAUCUGUCCUGUUUCUAUUCCUGUUUACAACAGCAUGUUGGGUGACCAGAUCACCUGGUUUUAUGCCUGGUUGGGCAGAAAUUCUAUUUGGCAAAAAAGGAGAAUUACUGACUGAUGCUACAGUAGCUGUAUUUGUAUCUGCACUGUUGUUUGUAUGGCCCAAAAAUGGUUUAUCAUUUGAGAAGGUUUCACCAGAAAACAAUUUUUCAGAGAAGGCAAAAUGCUCGAAUAAUUCAAAAACUUUACUGUCCUGGACAACAAUGCAGCAUAAAUUUGCAUGGAAUGUUAUACUGAUAAUCGGUGGAGGUUUUGCCAUUUCACAUGCUAUCAAGGCAAGCUGCUUAGCGAACAUUAUAACAGAUACAAUGCAAUCAGCGUUUGCAAACUUUUCGCCAAUACUGAUCCAAAUUUUAAUUACAACUGUUGCCACCACUAUGACCCAAUUGCUUAGUAAUGUUGCAACAGCAAGUAUCUUCAUACCGAUGGCAAUACAUUUGUUUUGGUACAGUAUCGAUGCAGAUGCUAUAAAAGUUCAUCCAUUAUAUCUGUCCCUUCCAACUGCGGUAGCUCCAUCAUUUGCAUUUCUGUUUGUUCCUUCAACUCCUUCAAAUGCUCUGAUCUUUGAUACGGGAUUAAUUAAAUUUUCUGAAUUGGCAACAACUGGUGCUCUGCUAUGUGUUUUAUGUAUUGUAAUUGCAACAAUUAACAUCAACACGUGGGGCUUCUGGUUGUUUGGAAUGGAUUUAGAAAAUUGGAUGUCUAUUGAAAGACAACGGGGUGAUUGGUUUUGCUGUGGUAAAAAAGUCAUUGUUAAGUACCCCGUAGCCAACAGUUGGCUGCUUGGCUGCUCCUCAAAUUCAAAGGGCAAGAAAAAAAAGUAUACUGAAGCGUCAGACAGCAGCGGUGAUGAAGGUACAAAUACAGUAAGGUUUGAAGUCUACUGCAAUAAGGGAAAUUUGGAAGUACGAAGCAAAGAGCCGGUAUCACCUGUCACUGAAUACAAUGCAGACGAGGAGUUUUCUAAGGAUGACGAAGACGUAACUGGUUCGCUAGAAUUAGAAAUUGAUGCAUCAAAAAAUAAAAAUCAAAAAACAAGAUCGAGAGCACGUUCAAGAGCACGAAAAAGCAGUUCUGAAAAGAGAGAUCGUUCAGUCGGGCUUCCUAAGCAUUUCUCGACAAAGGCAAUAUAUCACAGAGUUAUAGCUUUUGAAAACCUAAUUGCUUAUAAUGUUGACCUGAAACAAAAGACAAAGAACAUCGUAUUGCUGCAGUUAAAAUGGUUUACAGAUGGUGAGAAAGGCCGGGGAAAAUCGAAGGGGCAAAAUGUUGGUAAAAAUCGUCGCAGUGAUCCUUGGAGUAUUUGUCUUGAGCUUACUGUUAGCGAAAUAUUACGUUCCAGUUUGGGAGACAUACGAAAAAGGAAUUUGGUGGAGAUGACGUCAGAAGUAGAUUUUGACAGCUGCUCUACAGAACUCUCAAAAAGUACGUCACGACAUCUGGAGCAUGAAGCUGUGCGGGUUUGGGACAAUCAUAACUGUCACUAUCGACGGUAG